UGGGGGCUGCACCUUCUUGACGUCACAAAGGAGGUAUUUAAUGCACUGUUCUGGUCUAAGCGGAUUCAGAUCCGAGUCCAACGCUCCUUAUCUAUAGGAGGAGAAAGUCUAGUGUUUAAAAACUAAAAAAAAAAAAAUAGCAAGCUUACGUAUAUAUUAUUAAGGCGCAUUUCUUUACAGCCCUAUCGGACCCCUGAAUAAAAACCCACACUACACAGACGGUCACCCGUGCUGGUCUGCUAACAGAUUACAAAGCUGAUUAUAUGUCACACUGAAUUGAAGAAAUUACACAAAGUCUGUCCGGGACUCGCUUUGGAUAUUUUAAACCACCUCUUGUGAAAAGACGCGUCUCCGCUCCAGAGCAAGCUACUGGUCUCCAGUUAAUGAACCCAAGUCUCAAAGCGACCUGCUGGCAAUCAGGCAGAGGAAACGUGGGCAAGUUUCAUAUCCGAGCAGAAGUGUUUGUACCCUGCCAGGGUCCAUCAACACCAGCAAAACUAACCCCAGCUCCAUGUGUGCAAAUGCAUGUGUACCAGGAGCCCGUGACAUGGUGAAUAAUCGCUCCGCGGAGUCCCAGGCGGUGGCUGUGGCCGGCGGGGGCUCUCCCCCCAAGUCCUGCGCGGGCUGCGGGGGGAAGAUCGCUGACCGCUUUCUGCUCUACUCCAUGGAGCGCUACUGGCACACGCGCUGCCUCAAGUGCUCCUGCUGCCAGGCUCAGCUCGGCGAGAUCGGCACCUCCUGCUACAGCAAGGGAGGCAUGAUCCUCUGCAGGAACGACUACAUACGGUUAUUCGGACACAGCGGAGCGUGCAGUGCUUGUGGUCAGUCCAUCCCGGCCAGUGAGAUGGUGAUGAGGGCACAGGGCAACGUCUACCACCUCAAGUGUUUCAUGUGCGCCACGUGCAGGAACAGGCUGGUCCCAGGGGACCGGUUCCACUACGUCAACGGAACCAUCUUCUGUGAGCACGAUCGGCCCAGUGCAGCCCUGCUGAACAGCCACCUCCCACCACCGCAGAGCAACACCAUGCUGCCCGACCAGAAGGUACCCAGAGAGAGAGAGAGUGUGUUGAAGAGCUGGAGAGGUCUGUGCCUUUGUGCCUUUUUGUCCCCCUGUGUCAAGUCUCUCUCUCUCUCUCUCCUCUUUUUUUUUUUUUUCUUGUCGUUCUCUCAUCACUUUAUUUUUGAAAUUUAAAAAAAAAAAGACAAACUAAAAAAUAUAUAUGAAUCAGCUUGAAAGAAAUACUUGCUUCACAGUUUUGGGGAGAAACACCAGCUCCCCAGAAGAGGAAUCCUCUUUGGAAACGCAGGACAGUGAUCUCGCAGCAGGAAGGGAGGGGUGACGGGCUGGGCUGGUCCACACCUGUUCACACCGCCAGUCCGACGGCCGGUCUGGAUCCCGCUGCUUCGGACAGUGACCUGAACUCUGACAGACCCUGAGCUCCUUCUCCUGGAACGCGCCCUGCCCAGCAUAACGACUCCCCUGCUGUCAGUCCUGCGUGUUCAUUUCAAGCUGCUCCCCGUCUCCUCCCAGCAGCAGCUCAUUUCAUUCAAGCAGGUGUGAAGUCAUGUAAGAUGCGUGGUCUACUCUCACUGCUGUGCUGUUCCUCCAUCACCCUGAUAGUGGAGGGAUGAACACACGAGAGCCAGGGCGGGUGCAGGGGUUCCCCAAACUCUCUUUAUUCCCCCCCACAUCUGCGGUCUCCGUUAAACCCAUCCUGCCCCUGUAACGCUCCAUGCAAAACUGUGCCUGGGGGAAAAAAAAAAAAAGCAUAAACACUUGGGUGUUCUCUGUGUGUUAAGAGCAAAUUUUAAAAGAAAAAAAAUAUUUCUGUAAAUAUUUUUUAAAGUAUUGUGCAUUCUAUUGUAGAAUUUUAUUGUCAUCGUGUAGAAUCCGUUUUCCAAGUGGAACUGAAAUAAUAAUAAAAAAUGUUACUUUAUUAAAGUGAAAACAUUAUUAUUGCAAAAAG